UUGAUGAGCCGGCUGAACGGCGCGUACCGCCGGCGCCCCGAGCCCACCGACGUGCUGUCCUUCCCCUACCAUCGGGUGGCGCCGGGCGAGCUCCCGCGGCCGCGCAGCCGCGACGAUUACAACCUCGGGGACAUCUUCCUGGGGGUGGAGCUAAUCCAGCGGCGGUGCCUUCGGGACGGGGAGGACUUCGAGAGCGUGCUGACGGUGAGCUCUGGGGCGGCGGCCUGGGAGGCUUUGCGUUGGUUUUUCUUCUUGGUUUUUAGAUGCGGGAGGCGGAAGUCUGGUUGGAGCGGUGUCCGGCUGGUCGAGCGGUGGGACCAGGAAAACCUCGUGUUCUCAUGUAUACUUUCAUGAAACCGUGAAUCUCAUGGUAUCGUGCAUAUUAGAGAAUGUGCAUAUUGGACACAACAAGCCUGCAUAUGCACACAGACUGGGGGAGGACAGGCCAGGCAGCAGCCCUGUGGAAAGGAUCUGGGUUUUUGGAUGACAGCGAGUGGAACCUGAGCCAGCAGUUUGC